AUGCUGCACGGCACGGCGCACCGCUGCGCCCGGCUGCCGCGUGCGGCGCUGUCUGUGCGCGCCGCGACGCCGUGGCUGCGCCGCGCCGUCCAUCGUGCGGCGGGCAGCAGCGCCGCCGCCGGCGCCGACGCCGACGACGCCGCCGUGCCCGCCGAUGCGCCCGUCGCCGCGCUGCGCAACCUCUCCGUCUGGGGCCACAUCGACGCCGGCAAGACGACGCUCACCGAGAAGCUCCUCUUCCUCGCCGGCGCCCUCGCGCCGCCGCCGCCGCCGGGCACCGACGCCGCCGCCGCGCCCGCCUCGUCGCGCGCGCCCGGCGCCGUCGACAGCGGCAGCACCGUCACGGACUUUCUCGAGGAGGAGCGCCGCCGCGGCAUCACCAUCCAGUCGGCCGCCGUCGGUCCCUUCCGCUGGCGCAGCUCGCUGGCGCCCGCCGAGUGUGCGCCGGGCCGCCGCGCCGCCGCCAUCUCGCUCGUCGACACGCCCGGCCACAUCGACUUUACCGUCGAGGUCGAGCGCGCCUUGCGCGUCGCAGAUGCGUGUGUCGUGCUGCUCGACGCCGUCGCGGGGGUGGAGAGCCAGACGGAGGGCGUGUGGGCCAUUGCGCGCCGCUACAACGUCCGCUCGCACGUCGUCUUCGUCAACAAGCUCGACCGCGCAGGCGCAUCGCUGCCGCGCUCGCUGCGUGGCGUCGCGCGCCACCUGCACCCGCGCCCCGUGCUGCUGCAGCUGCCGCUCCUCGCGCCCGUCGAGCCGGGCCACGCGGGCGGCGGCAUUGCCGGCCUCGUCGACGUCGUGACGCAGCAGCUGCUGCAGUACAGCGGCGCCGCUGGCGAGGUCGUGACGCGCACGCCGCUCGCCGAGGCGCUGAGUCUGGAGCUCGUGCCCGCCGAGCUGGCGGCCGAGGCGGCACGCGCGCGACAUGCGCUCGUCGAGACACUUGCCGAGCUCGACGACGCCCUGCUCGACGAGCUGCUCUCUUCGGAGGCCGCCGACGCGCACGCGACGCUCUCUGCCCGCUCGGUGCGUGCUGCACUGCGGCGCCUCGUCCGCACGGGCGCUGUGCUGCCGGUGCUGUGCGGCAGUGCAGCGCGCGGCAUCGGCGUGCAGGAGGUGCUCGACGCCAUCGUCGCCUACUUUCCCUCGCCCGACGAGGCCGGCGACGUCGACGCCGCACAGGCUCGCGGGCGCGACGGCGGCUGUGUGUGGGCCACGCUGCCGCCCGCGCCGGCAGCCUCGCGAUCAAAGGCGGCUGCAGCGCCAGCCGAAGCGCAGCUGCCGCAAGCGCCGCCGCGUGUCGCCGUGAGUAUCGAUGACGCCGAGCUUGCGGCGCUCGCGUUCAAGGUCGUGUGGGACAAGCGGCGCGGCCCGCUGACCUUCGUGCGCGUCUACGCCGGAUCGAUUACGCGGGCAUCCAUGCUCUAUAACACCACCACUGGCGCGCGCGAGCGGCACUCGAAGCUCCUCCUGCCAUACGCGGACCGCUACGUCGAGACGGAGACACUGCGCGCAGGGCAGAUCGGCGUUCUGCUCGGCCUGCGCGACACACGCACUGGCGACACUUUCAUCGAUGCGCGCGUAGCCAAGGCCAAGGCAGCGGCGGGCGGCAGCGCAGCGCCAUGGGCAGCCCGUGCGCGCGAGAUGCGCCUGCGCUCCGUCGACGUGCCGCCGCCCGUCUUCUCCAUGUCCAUCGAGCCGGCGUCGCGUGCCGACGAGGCGGAGACCUCCGAGGCGCUGGCGAUGCUCGUGCGCACCGAUCCGAGCUUGCGGCUCGACGACGGCGGCGCAGGCGGCGCCGGACUGGGCGCAGCAGGCACGGGCCAGAUGGUGCUAUCGGGCAUGGGCGAGCUGCAUCUCGACAUUGCACGCGGGCGUCUGGCCGACGAGUUCGGCGCCAAGGCGCGUAUGGGCAGCGUGCGCGUCAGCUACCGCGAGACGGUGCUGGGCCCGCAGAGCGCCCGCGUCGAGGAGCUGCUCGACCGCGAGAUGCUCGGCAAGCAGGUCAAGGCCGGCAUCACCUGCGAGGUGCGGCAGCUGGCGGAUGACGAGGCGGGCGACGAGCAGAUGGGCGACAAUCUCGUGCUCAUCGAGCUCGACAUGGCGCCCGACGAGUUCGCCGACGUGCCAAAGGCGGCCGCCAGCAACUCGAGCGGCGACGAGCUCUCGCCGACGGUGAUGCGCGCUGCCCUCUUGGCGGGCGCGACGGCAGGCCUCUCGCGCGGCCCGCUCUCGGGCAAUGCGCUGUCGCGGCUGCAUGUGCGCCUCAGCGCGCCGCGCACGUUUGGCUCGGCGCUGACGCCGCCACGCGCGCUCUCGGCGGUGGUGCGCGCGGCGCUGCUGGCAGCGGUGCGCCAGCUCGAGCCCGGCUUGAUGGAGCCGGUAAUGCGCUUGCGCAUUGCCUGCAAGGAGGCCAGCCUGGGCCGCAUCGUCGCCGACCUGACCGGCGAGCAAGGCGGCACGGUGCUGGCCGUCGAGCACGAGGGCAUGGACGACGGCGACGAUGAGGCACGCACCGGCGCCGGCGCCGAGCUGUACGUGCCGCCAGACGACGCGGCACCGCCGCCGGGCGCCGACGAGGACGCGGCGGGCGGGCGCACCGUGAUCCACGCAUCGGCCCCGCUGGCGCGCCUGGUGGCCUACUCGUCGCGGCUGCGGGCGCUGAGCGCCGGUAAUGCGGCGUUCGAGAUGCGCCUCGACGGCUUCGCGCCCGUGACGCCCGAGCGCCGCACCGAGAUCCUGCGCGAGCUCGGCCGCGCGGCCUGA